AUGGUGCGCCUCACUGUUGAACUCAUCGACAACGCUCCACAGUUCAUAAAUACUGUGCGAGAGCGAGAGUUGAAUCUGCGUGGCUACAAGAUUCCCGUUAUAGAAAAUAUGGGCGUAACAAGAGAUCAGUUUGAUGUGAUCGAUCUGACAGAUAACGACGUCAAAAGACUGGACAAUCUCCCACUGUUGAAACGAAUGCAUACCUUAUACUUGCAUAACAACAGAGUGCACUACAUACAACCUGAUAUCGGGGAGAAAUUACCAAACCUGAAAAUUCUUGCUUUGACAAAUAAUAACAUCACGGAGCUGGGAGAUAUAGACCCUUUGGCAAAUUGCAAAAAUUUGGAAUACGUCACAUUUAUUGGAAAUCCUAUCACGCACAAGACUAAUUAUCGGAACUAUAUCAUUUACAAGUUGCCUUCUGUACGUGUGAUUGACUUCAAGCGAGUAAGACUAGCAGAAAGGCAGGCCGCUCUAAAAAUGUUCAAAGGAAAGAAAGGUCAGAAAGCUCGUGACGCUAUCAAGCGAAGCACUAAUGCUCCUCCUGAAACUGAAAAUAAUGAGGUCUCUCGCGUUAGUGGAUCCGCUCUUACACCAGAAGACAGGAUAAAGAUACAGAACGCUAUUGCAAGUGCACGAUCACUUGCUGAAGUUGAGUACCUCCAGUCUGUGCUUGCUAGCGGCCGAAUACCAGAGAAGGGCUGGAAUAAACAGAUGCUGCUACCCACUGAAGAAAAUCAUCCAGUCCAGCAAGAUGGAGGGUUUAUGCCUGAAAGUGAAGAGCCAGAACAUCCAAGUUCUAACGCUGCAAUGGAGACUGAUUCAAACAACCAAAACGGAAAAUACUUGAUCUGGCUACGUAUGGGCUGAAGUCUUCUAUACGGUAGCGUUUUUCAAGAUCGCUCCUGUUCAAAUGUUUCUUUUUACAUUUCAUUGUUUCUUCUAUCGAUUGUUGAUUUGAUCAGAACAGAAACGUUUUACUUCGCAUGGAAGUAUUCACAGAUCAUCUUUUGUUGAUGUUGGUCACUAGGCAGGAAGUGUUGUAUUCAAUCGCUGUUUUAUUUUUUUUUCAAUAAAAAUGUCC